AUGGUAGUCAAAGUAGGAUCUCGUGUUUACGUCGAAGACGGUUUGAUCUCACUCAUUGUUGACGAAAUUCAUGAUGCUAUUGUUUGUACCGUUGAGAACGGUGGCAUGCUUGGCAGCCGUAAAGGUAUAACUCUACCUCGAACUAUUGUUGAUCUCCCUGCUGUUUUCGAUAAGGAUAUACAAGUCCUAGGAAAAAGGAAAGCACAUUCAAGUCAUUUUCAAAAUCAAAAAUCAGCUAGAGGAGAUCUUGGUAUUGAACUACCUGCUGAGAAAGUGUUCCUUGCGCAGAGGGUUAGGAAUUUUGCAGAAUUUUUUUCCGAAUGA